AGCUCAGUUGCAUGUGGUAUUUCCCACUUUGUGUCCGAAGCUUCAGCCCCACCACCGAUCGAGUUUAUCGCACAUCGGGAGCGUAUUUGGCAACAGCUCAAGAAGGAAUAUGAUCAAUUUGUCGCCGCUCAGGCUCGUUCACCAAUCGAAAUUACCCUUCCUGAUGGGUCAGCGCUUGAAGGGAAGGCUUGGGAGACUCGUCCGAUUGAUAUUGCACGAAAAUUGAACAAGAAAAUUGCUGAUAAAAUUGUUAUCGCCAAAGUUAAUGGAAAGCUAUGGGAUCUUGAACGGCCUCUCGAAGGAAAUGCUUCGCUUGAAUUUCUGAAUUUCGAAGACAAAGACGGUCAAUACGUCUUCUGGCAUUCCUCUGCCCACGUGAUGGGGGAGGCAAUGGAAAAGAUUUUCGGUGGUCACCUUUGCUACGGCCCGCCUGUCGAAGAAGGCUUUUACUACGAUAUGUUCACCGAGGGACGACAAGUACGCCCCGAGGAUUAUCCUGCAAUCAACACAGAGUGCAAUGCCAUCAUCAAGGAGAAACAGCCUUUCGAACGUUUAGUGAUGAGCAAAGAGGAUUUGCUGAAGAUGUUUGCUUACAAUGAAUUCAAGGUACGGAUUCUGAAGGAGCGUAUCACCGAACCAAAGACCACAGUGUACAAAUGUGGAAGCCUUAUUGAUCUCUGCUUGGGACCGCAUGUUCGUAAUACCGGGUGCAUCAAGUCCAUCAGUGUCACCAAGAGCAGCUCGUCUUACUGGGAAGGUAGAGCUGACGCUGAGUCUCUCCAGCGUGUUUACGGCAUUUCUUUCCCUACACAACAGGCAAUGGACGAAUGGAAACACCUACAGGAGGAAGCGGCGAAGCGCGAUCACCGAAAGCUUGGUUUGGAGCACAAACUCUUCUUCUUCAAUGAGCUGUCCCCUGGAAGUUGCUUCUUCCUUCCGUCUGGCGCCCAUAUUUACAAUAAGCUGGUUGAAUUGAUGCGUAGUGAAUACUGGAAACGCGGCUUCCAGGAAGUCAUAACGCCCAACAUCUACGACUCAAAACUGUGGGAGAUAAGUGGCCACUGGCAACAUUACAGCGAGAACAUGUUUAAAAUUGAUAUCGAGAAGAAGAUAUUUGGGCUUAAGCCGAUGAACUGUCCCGGACAUUGUCUCAUGUUUGCCCAGGAACUGCGUUCCCACCGGGAUUUGCCAUUGCGUUUUGCUGACUUCGGUGUUCUUCAUCGUAAUGAAUUUUCCGGAGCGCUUACAGGCCUGACUCGUGUGCGUCGUUUUCAGCAAGACGAUGCACACAUAUUUUGUCGGGAAGAUCAGAUCGAAGAAGAAAUAAAUAAUGCCAUAAAGUUUGUCCAACAUACCUAUGGUAUUUUUGGAUUCACGUUCGAGUUUUACCUCGCUACUCGUCCCGACGAUUUCAUGGGAAGUACCAGUCUGUGGGACCGCGCGGAGAAAGUGAGUGUUCCCUUCCCUAAACCCCGUCGCUGA